GCGCACACUGAAGAUGGAUGCGCGGCAGGAGGAAGCGGUGCGAGAGUUUGUGCUGGUCACCGGCGCGCGGAGGAGGAGAGGGCCCGUUUUUUUUUUCUGGAGUCCAGCGGCUGGGACCUGCAGUUGUCUCUGGCAAGCUUUUAUGAAGAUGGAGGAGAUGAAGAUAUAGUGACACUACCGCAGCCACCGUCCGGUUCCACUUCCCGUGGCUCUGGGCCCAGUGACCACAGAGUGACGUCUUUCCGAGACCUGGUGCACGCGCAGGAGGAAGAGGAGGAGGAGGAAGAAGGUCAAAGGUUUUACGCAGGAGGCUCAGAGAGGAGUGGACAGCAGAUUGUGGGGCCCCCCAGGAAGAGGAGUCCCAACGAGCUUGUCGAAGAUCUCUUUAAGGGAGCCAAGGAACAUGGAGCUGUCGCUGUGGACAGAACUUCUAAGAGUCCUGGAGAAAGCAGCCGAUCGCCUUUUGCUGGAGGUGGGUACCGAUUGGGAGCCGCUCCAGAAGAGGAGUCGGCUUACGUUGCUGGAGCUCGGAGACAGAAUCAAGGCCAGGAUGUCCAUGUGGUGCUGAAGCUCUGGAAAAAUGGAUUCAGCUUAGAUGAGGGAGAACUGCGCAGCUAUCAAGACCCCAGCAAUGCACAGUUCUUGGAGUCUAUACGCAGAGGGGAGAUCCCGGGAGAUUUGCGCAGACUCGCCCAAGGUGGUCAGGUGAACCUGGAUAUGGAGGACCACCGUGAUGAGGACUUUGUGAAACCCAGAACUGCCUUUAAAGCAUUCACUGGCGAGGGCCAAAAACUGGGCAGCACAGCUCCCCAUGUCCUGAGCACAGCCUCCCCAUCCCAGCAAGCAGAAAACGAGGCUAGAGCCAGUUCUUCCAUUACCCUCGAUGAGUCUGAGCCCAUCACAAAUAUCCAGAUCCGCCUGGCAGAUGGGGGAAAGCUGGUCCAGAAGUUUAAUAACAAUCACAGGAUCCGUGACAUCCGCCUAUUCAUUGUCAGCGCCCGACCGGCAAUGGCCGCCACAAGCUUCGUGUUGAUGACUACGUUCCCAAACAAGGAGUUGACGGAUGAGAACCAGACUCUGAAAGAAGCUAACCUCCUAAAUGCUGUCAUUGUGCAGCGAUUAAUAUGA